GGAUAUCAUUCCUUCACUAUAGAACAUUGUACCCUUUUUGUCUAAAUAUAUAUAUAUUUCUUCUACUCUCUAUCAUCAGCUGCAUGUAGUGUCUCUUCUCAUGUAACAUUUCUUCCACACCAUUAUAUAUAUACAGUCAAACCAGUCCGACACAUGUAGUUGAGGUGUUGCAAUAAUACUCUAUAUAUAGUACUAAUUUAAAAGCAUAUAUAAUUAUGGUGUGCAGAUUAUAAAUACCUAAAAUUAUAUAUAAUAUUUAUCUUUAAUGGUAAUUGAUUAGAUUGUCCUAUUUUACUUCAUUCCCUUGAAUAUUUUAUCCUUUUCUAGACGUAAUAAUAUGUAAGAAAUGCAUAUUGUAUGGAGAUGAAACUUUUUGUGUGAAUGUAGAUAAUUAAGGAGUUUGGCAAACAAUUCCUUUAUCAUAUCAUCCCCACAAAUAUAAAUUCCCAAACCGAAAUGUCAUUUGGUUAUAAUUAUAUAUAAGCAAGUAAUUUUAAGUAGUGUUUUUGCUAAAACAGAGAAUUUUCUUCCUCUACUUUUGCUUUAAGCUAUAUAUAUAUAUAACAUUAUAUUAGUCCUAGCUAGCUAGCUAUAUCGCUUUAUUCAUCGAUGGAGGUUUCUUCCAUAGCUUCUCCACCUUACACAUGUUUCGCAGUUCAGUCUCAGAAUAGACUGAUCAUCAGCCAACGAGCUCAAAGAAAAAAGCUUAUAAUUCCAACAUGUUGCAUCAAUGGCAAUGGUGCCAUUUCUGCUUCUAAAAAUACACUUUCCUGUGCUUUUGAUCAACAUAACAUAGAGUAUUACACCUCCAGAGGACUUUAUGCAACUUUACCUGUCUUUGGUGACAAUACUUCAUUCCCCAUUUAUGGAUCAAAGAGUACUGUCUCCAUAACUGGAAAAAAGAAAACUAGGCUCAUGAGUUGUGAAGCUCAUUCUACAGACAAAGCUACUUGUACUACUGUUGAAGCUGAUUCUAAGGAAAAAACAAGGAAAAGAAGAGUAGUUGUGACAGGGUUGGGUGUGAUAAGCUCCAUUGGUCAUGAUCCAAAUGCCUUCUACACUAAUCUUCUUGAAGGUGUCAGUGGCAUAAGUGAGAUAGAGGGAUUUGAUUGUUCUGAAUUUCCCUCGCGAAUCGCUGGAGAGAUAAAGUCAUUUUCAACAGAAGAAUAUGUGUCUCCCAAGAUUUCUAGAAGGGCAGACAAAUUCAUGCUUUAUAUGCUCACUGCAGGAAAGAAAGCACUGCUAGAUAGUGGAAUUACUUCACAAGAAAUGGGAGAAUUAGAUAAAAGCAGAUGUGGUGUCAUAAUUGGCACUGCACUGGGAGGCAUGGCAGUCUCUACUGAAGCAGUAGAAGCUUUAAGAGUUUCUUAUAGGAAGAUAAAUCCCUUUACUGUACCUUUUGCCACAGCCAAUAUGGGAUCUGCUAUACUAGCAAUAGACUUGGGGUGGACAGGACCAAACUACUCAAUAUCAACAGCUUGUGCAACAAGCAAUUUUUGCAUACUAAAUGCAGCACAACAUAUUAUAAGUGACGAUGCAGACAUGAUGCUUUGUGGUGGAUCAGAUGCAGGAGUUAUUCCCAUAUCUAUUGGAGGUUUUAUAUCAUGCAGAUUACUCUCGCGUCAAAAUGAUGAACCAACUAAAGCUUCACGGCCUUGGGAUACUAAUCGAGAUGGAUUUGUGAUGGGAGAAGGUGCUGGAGUUUUGCUAUUGGAAGAGUUGGAACAUGCUAAGAAGAGAGGAGCAACAAUUUAUGCAGAGCUUUUAGGGGGAAGUUUCACUUGUAAUGCUUUUCGUACUGAUGAUUCGGGGAAAGAAAUAUCGCUUUGCAUGGAGAGGGCUUUAGCUCAAUCUGGGGUAGCUCCAGAAGAUGUAAACUACAUAAAUGCACAUGCUAUAUCAUCACCAGCCAGUGAUAUAAAAGAAAUCCGAGCUAUAAACAGAUGUUUUGGCAAGAAUCCAAAUCUGAGAGUAAACUCUACUAAAUCCAUGAUAGGCCAUCUUUUGGGGGCUGCUGGUGCUGUUGAAGCUGUUGCAACAGUUAAGGCAAUACAAACUGGUUUGGUGCAUCCAAACAUAAAUCUUGAUAAUCCUGAUGAAGGGGUGGACAUGAAUGUUCUAGUGGGGAAGAAGAAGGAGCGUUUGGACAUAAAGGUAGCAUUGUCCAACUCAUUGGCCUUCGGCGGACAGAACUCGUCUCUUGUAUUUGCACCUUAUUACAAGUGAAUUUGGUGUGUUACAUAAUUAUCUACCGUAAAUGACUUAGUAAUUAUCAUCUAUCACUUGCAGAAAAUAUCACCUAGUAAUUUCCGUUCCAAAUAAAAAUAAAAUUUAAGUGAAGUGCUUUUGUAAGUUUUCUUGUUCACAUAAUGUUUUUAAGUAUAGUGUUGUGCUUUUCCAA